AGUUGAUAUUGUUCUAUCGGAGACGAAGCAUCGCGCAAAUAGAAGUCGCUUGGAAAUUUUAAUUUUGGUUGAGACAAAAGAAUAAUCUCCAACAGAAAAUGAAGUUCCAAGUUGUAAUUAUAAUUUUUAUGAUGCUGAGAAAUUUUUAUGUAGAAUCACAUUUCAAAGGAAAUUCAUAUAAUCGUAAGUUCGAGCCGCUUUUUCGACUUGGUCGAGAUGCUUUAACAAUGUUUGUUCAGCCAAGAACAUUUCAACGGGGCUUAGAAUUAAAUAUUAAACGUGAUAAAGUUCAACGACAGUUUUCAAACAACACGCGGUUUUUUUGUGAUGUUCAUGGCCCGGGUGCCAGAAGCAAAGUCGUUCCGAAGUCUGUUCAUAUGUUACGACCUGGUGACAUAGAUAUAGUCGGAGCGAUUGGCGACUCAUUGACUGCUGCAAAUGGUGCAUUUGCUCUCGAUGUCUUGCAAGUAUUAAUUGAGGGACGAGGUGUAUCUUGGUCCAUUGGUGGUCAUAAAACCUGGAGAAAUUUCCUAACACUCCCAAAUAUUUUAAAAGAAUUCAAUCCAAAUCUUUAUGGAUUUUCAACAGCCGGCACAUCAAGUUCAACACACAAAUCUUCUCGAUUUAAUGUUGCUGAAGCUGGGGCUCAAAUUAGUGAUACUGUUCAUCAAGCUAGAAAUUUAGUGAAAAGAAUGCGAAGUGAUCCACAUGUAGAUAUGAAAAAUCAUUGGAAGUUGGUUACAUACAUGAUCGGUGGAAAUGAUUUUUGCCUUGACAUUUGCUAUCAUCAAAACCAAGAUAAAGUUCUUGAAAAGGCUGGUCGAGAAUUGACGCUUGCUUUGAGAAUUAUUCGUGAAAAUUUGCCCAGAACGAUGGUCAAUGUUUUACUUCCACCAGAUGUUACAAUUCUUGAGCGCUUUACAAACAAACCCGCUGAGUGUAAAACUUUAAAUUAUGUGGAAUGUCCAUGCUUCUUCAGUCUUACACAUCGUAAGAACCGUGACAGAUCAGCGCAAACGAUUAAAAGAUGGAUGAAACUUGUUGAGAAAAUCACAAAGUUACCAGAAUUUCACGAUAGAAGUGAUUUCGAGGUAAACUUUCAUCCAUUAUUUUCUGAAACUGACAUCCCAAAAGAUGCUUAUGGUGUCACUCAAUACAAAUACAUGUCCAAAGAUUGUUUUCAUUUAAGUCAACUCGGGCAUGCGAGGGCAGCAAAUUCUUAUUGGAACUCAAUGUUGACGCCAGAAAACCAAAGAUUAAGAGCAUGGCAAGAAGAAUUCUCAAUGUCCCUCACCACAAUAUCCAUUUUUAAUGACAACAAAAAACAGCUGAUUCAUCGAACCGUGUUCAAAGCAAGGUGCAAAGUCAAGAAGAUGUUCCAGGAGUUCAAGGACUGAUUUAUUCAUUUUUUAAUUCACUUCCCUCAUUUUUCUUAAUUUAAGUGACAAAAAAAAAGUUAAUGAUAGUUUUAUGACGCCUUCAAACUUUUGUUUGGGACUGAUUUAUGAUUUACAAGAAGAUUCUAAAGAUUCUUAAGAACCUUUUGAAAAUUGUUUGAAUGGUUCUUACUUGAUUACAAUAAAGAUUAGUAAUAUUUAUUUUAGUAUUUUAAAACAUAAAUCCUGCUUUUUCAUACUGACAAAUCGAAAUUUAUUUCUGUUUCCUUAUUUUUGCUCCAGGCGCUACUACACGUGUGAAGAUGAUUCAAACUGCUGAGUCAAUGUAAUUAAAUAAUGACCAU